AUGGGGGUACCAGGACUGGAAACAAAGGAUACCGCUCUUGGGGUACUCGUAGGUACAAUCACGGUGCCCCCAUUUCUCGCUGCACGACAAGGAGAACAGCACCUGCCACGUGCACCUCAGCAGGACCAGCUGGGCAGGAUAGUUCGCACGCACCGCGAUUAUCUGUCCACGAUUGAGUUCUCGAAUCGAGGAUCGCGGAGCAGCAGGUACGGCAGCAACCGGAAUUGUACAUCAACCGCUGCUGCUCCACUCGUGAGAAGCGAGGGCAUCGGACUGCUGCUGCCCAAGGAGGCUAAACACGCAAGGGUCUGCGGUGGAAGAGGGAACAGGAAUUGCUCUCCCGGACAGCAGUUGCAAGGCUUGGUGCCGAUAGACCCAGAUCAGCAGCGUCGUCGUGUCAUGUCGGAGGUCAGGCUUUCGACGGUGAUCCUGGUGUGCGCCGGUUUCGGCGUGCUUGCGUUCGUCUCGGGCUCCGCCGAGAACAUCUGGCGGAAGGUCAAGCUGGCCGGCAUUGGCGCAGUCCACAUGCUGCUGUCAAAGGACAAGAAGUUCAAGCCCGAGGUGUGCCUCUAG